AUGGCGUACAACCAACAGCAGCCUCAACAAUACAUGCAGCAGCAACAUCAGCAGCAGCCCAUGCAGCAAGAUCAAGACGUUGUAUCAGGAGAACGGUACCGCUACGUCCUAACCAAUUUUGGUAUUGCGCACGAGAAAGUCGAGCAGCAGAGGCAGCAGUUGGAAGAGCAAGAACGCCAGGUUGCAUUGCUUCGGUCACGGAUUGCGCUCCUCGAAGGAGGUGCUGGUCUGAAACAAGAUAAAAGACAGAACACUAUCGACGAUUUCUCAAUCAAGAAUGCUGCUUCACUGCUGGACAAGCUUAUUAACCGAUGGGCAGCGGAAGUCAUCAAAGCACCGCCUGCACCGCUUGAUGUUAUUGCACAAGCAAUAUUCAAUGAUGUGGCCGGCGCUGAGAUCGAAGGGUUCGAAGCAACGCCCAUGGUUGUUCAAAGCCUUCUCCGGCACGCGUUAUCUGAGACCAUAUCAGAGGGCAUCAUCAACUGCCUCAUCGUUACCAACUCUGCAGAAGCUAAUGUUCAACUAACGAGAAUACACGAGCAUAUAUUUGCGCGGGACCCGACUGUUGCGUGCGUAUGGCGCCGACAGACAUUCUCCGCUGCAGUAGAGUCCUGCACACCAGAAAUGUCCCGGAAUAUCCUCACCGAGCAGCUCCCGAACCUAAUGGAGAUUCUCAAAGGCGAAAACCCCGUCUCGGGCGGGCAAUCCAUUCUCGACAAGGCAUACGACUUUUCUCGCAUGCUCCAUGGCUCCAGUUCCAGCGCGGGCGGUACAUCUGAUGCAUUCUACCGUGCGUUUGUGCCUGAGUUAGGGAGCACAUUGUACCCCAGGCAAAUCGAACUUGUGAAACGGUGCGUCAAGAGCGAAAGAGGAGAGCCCGAUUUUGUUGGUGCUACCAUAUUCCCGGGCCUGGUGAAAGUGUCGAGACCCCCGCCAGGACAAGGGGAGAAAGCGACGAACAUGCAGACUGUGGUGCGCCGAGCUCAAGUCAUAUGCCAAUGUGCCAUAAUGGGCGCCCCAGUUCGGCAUCCCAUGAACGGCGAGUACAUGCAUCAGGGCAUGCACCAAGGGAUGCCACCAAUGAACGGCAUGGGUACCCCUCCUAUGUGA